GCCGCGGUCAGAUUGCUUGAUUGAUCAAUUUAUAGACGAUAGUUGAUUUGAGAAAGUAAUGGGAAAAACAAAUUUGUUUUAUAAAUUAUGAAUAUUUUUAAUACUAAAUGACAAAUUAAAUGAUGGUUAUAAAACUUGCGUGAGAAUAUUGGGAAAUUAUGGGAAAAGACAGCUCCGGAGAAGAUCGUAACGGUAGGCGACCUCGAAGAAAACGAGAGGAAAGACGACGUCGCUCGCGAAGCAGGUCUAGAGGACGAUCGCGUGAAAGACGAUAUGGAAGAUCGAGGUCGCGAAGUAGAGAGAGCAGAAGGCGUACAAGUCGUGAUCGUUUUAAUCGAAGAAGUUCAAAACAUAGAAGAAGUCGACGCAGUUCGAGCAAGUCACGAAGGGAUAGAUACAGUCAUUCUAGAAGUCAUUCUAAGAGCAGAUUAAGAAGGCAUAGGUCACACUCAUCUUCUAGUGAUAGGAGGAAAAACAGAUAUAGAAGUUCAUCUAGUUCAUCAUCUUCAAGUUCAAGAUCUUCCAGAUCAAGAGGUUCAUCAAAGCCUGGCAAAAGACUUAAGAGAAACAAAGUAAAGAAUCUGGAUUCUCAAGACCCAACUUCUUAUAUACCAAGUGCUGAAACUAUUGCAAAGAUUAAUAGUGAUGGGUUUACCCCUGAAACAUUUGUAUCACAAACCCAGGCUGUAAAUGGCUCAAGUAUCAAUUCGCAUGUUAAAGGCCAUGAAGAUGCUAUUUUUGGUAGUGCUCCUGUUUCAAAAACCAUCUUAAAUGUACCAUUUAAUGAUAGUAAUCAGCAACACUCAGAGAAAGAUGGAAUCAUGGCAUCACAGUUACAUGAACCAGAAGAAAUCAAAAAAAGUAGAUGGAUGAAAAAGCUUCAGUCAAUGCGAGAGAAAAAAAUGGCCAAUACUUGACAUUGACCCUGAAAUGAAUUGCAGCAUACAUACAUAUUUAGUGAAAAGUAAUUUUUUUCCAUGACAACAGUUACCUUACAUGUUGCUUUUGUCAAGAAAAAAAUCCUGGCAUCAUUGGUGGGUGUUGGCUAGACAAUUGUCUUUUAUUUUCUGUAAUUAUAGUUUUUGUCAUAACAUGGUAUCAAAAAUUGUACUAUAUUUAAAACAGUGUUUUAUAUGAUUAAUCAAAACAUUGUACAAACCUA